AUGACAGUUCCAGCUGCUGAGUUCGAGAAAUGCAAAAUAGUCGAAAUUGUUGUUGUUUUUCUUUGUUCUUGAAUUUAAAACCUUAAUGAAAAUGAAGAAUUUCCCUGUGUUCGUGUUUCCUGUGUCACUGGAAUUCUACUUGAAUGCUAGGCACACUCAUAAGCAAUUAUUAACUGUUUAUAAUCCUUAUGACUUCUCCGUAAAUUUUAAAGUUUUAUGCACAUCUCCAAAUAAGUUUACAGUAAUUGACCCUGAGGGAAUUAUAGCUCCUCAAAGUUGCAUAGAUAUUGUUGUGCGAUAUACACAACCUUCCAUUACCCACUGCAACACGACAGAAAAGUUUAGGAUAACUAUGUUUGACAGAAAUACCCAGCAGGCUCUAGGUAAAAGAGAUGUUCCAACUAAGUUAAUAGAGGGAGAACCUUCGAAUACAAACCCAGAAAGUCUUGGAGACAAUUUUCAUCCAUUAGCAACGAAAGCAGCACCUAUAAGGCCUUCAGAAGAACAUUCACGAGUUAUAUGUAAUCAUCCCUUACAUCACCGAGAACAACAACCUAUCAAUGUUGUAGCUGUUGCAGUAAGUAUAUGUUGUAUAGCUGCUUUACUCUUGCCCACACAGCCAGAGCAGGUUGUGAAAUCACAAUGGCCAGAGUGGCUACACAUAGGAUCAAAUCUUAAAUUAGUAUUCGCCUUUGUGCUUGGUUUGGUGAGUAUGUUAGUUUUAAGACCAUAGACUAAACUUCAUUAUUGUACACUUUGAUGUAAAAAAAUUAAAUAUUAGAUGUCUUUGUAAAUAAGACAAUAUGAAUGUUUUAUGUUCCCAAUUAUUUGUGUAUCUUGUGUAUGUUUUAUUUAAAUUUGAAGCAAUCUGGUGCAUAUGUCGAGAAGUGUCUACGAUAGUGCUGUGCUGUAUCAUAUAUUUAAUUUUUCGAUUUUAAAAUUUGCAUUUAUUUCUGUUAAAAAUAAUGUGUAUAUUCAUAUAUUACUUAAAUAUUCCAUGUCAAAAUAGUUUCUAUGUUACUGCUUAUAAUAACUAAAAUAUGUGAAUAUUGCUUCAUAUAUAUUCACAGGAACAUAAAAUUUUAAUAGUACAUAUUUGAAUUUGUGUCACAUGAUACUAUCAAUUUAUAACAAUAAUUAUAAAUGUGUAUGUCUUGUAUAUAUUUUACCUCCAUAAGAGUUGCCUAAUUAAUUUUUUACAAGAUUCAAUUUAUUUUUUAUUUUAAUUAUUUUCUUAGUGUUGAUUCCAUAAAAUGUUUUUAAUAUUUGUAUUAAUUUUGAAAUAUCUAUUCUACUUAAUUAAUAUUGUGCCUAACUAUGUUUUAAUUCAAUAUUGUUAUCAAUCAAACUUGAGUUUGACAAGAGGAGCAAAAUACUAAAGGUGCAAAGUAUUUGUAUAUCAGAUAAAAGUAUUAACUAAAAAUUUUCUUAAGUAGUUUUAAAAAAGUAUUUAUUUAUACUUAUCUGUAAUUCAUUCAUUAAACUCAAGAAAGUUUAUAUGAAUAUACAUAUAUUGUAUGUAUAUAGGUGAUAAUAUACACAUUGUCAUCCUAAAUCCAGUAUAUUGUCAGAUAUGUGAGUUUAGUUUAUGAAAUUAAAAGAGUAAGGCUGCUAUUAGCAGCUUACAAACAUUAGACAUUUAUUUAUUUUAUGCCUGAAUGGAUUUUUUGUAUAUAUAUAAUUAAAAAAUAUAUGGCAGUCAUUGAUGGCAGCCCUAGUGUGUAAAAAGUACACAAAGGGAAUAUUUUAAUUAAAUAUAUGUGAAGUUUUUUAAGCAGCUCAUUUUAAUAAUUGUAAAUCAAUUUGUAUUGUCAAACUUAAUUUAAUAGUAACACAUCAUGACACUUCAAUAAUUAAAUUGGUUGUAAGUAUAUCU